AUGUUGCACACAUUGAACGCACUCGCCGGCAAGAUUUCGCCGGGCGGCGGCCUUGAUACAAACGCGAACAGACACACGCUGCCCAACAAGAAUCACAAGCAGCCCUCAUCGCCGUACAGCAAACCGAAUGGGAUGACAAUGAACAUCAACAACAACAACGUCACAAGUAUAAACAAUAACAACAAUGACGAGAAGCCGGAGAUGCCGGACCCUGACUACAUCAAGAUGUUUGUCGGUCAAGUCCCUCGCAGCAUGGAUGAGAACGAUCUGCGCCUGAUGUUCGAGGAGUUCGGCAGAGUACACCAGAUCAACGUACUGCGGGACAAAAUCACCGGGGCCAGUAAAGGGUGCUGUUUUGUGACGUUUUUCACUCGCAAAGCGGCGUUGAAAGCCCAAGACGCUUUGCACAAUAUCAAAACUUUGACUGGGAUGCACCAUCCCAUUCAGAUGAAGCCGGCUGACAGCGAAAAUAGAAAUGGAUCAUAUAAAGUGAUACAAUUGUUAACCGCUUGUCACCAGCGAGCUGUACUCUUGUUCCCACUGCAUUUGUUAUUUAAAAAAAAGAAAUCAUUCCUUCAACAGCCGUCACACCUUUCCUUCACACGUAGACUUACAGACAUAUCAAAACACAGAGCACGUACAAAGCACCGCUCAAAGAGGAUGCAUGACGUAUUUCACAGCCGCAACCUCGUUCGGAUGCGUGGUGAGGCCGGCGGCGCGCGAGGCAAGGCGGGCGGCGUCAGGGGUGGUAGCAACUAUCCGCCCAUCAGCGCCGCCUACUGGUUGCCGCCGUCAAACCCUACCCCCUACCAUGUGCCAGGUUCGGAGUUCCCCUCAUUCAUUCAGUGA